AUGAAGAUCUCCUGCAUUCUGCUGCUGAUCCUCUCCCUAUAUUUCUUCCAGAUCAACCAAGCUAUUGGCCCUGACACAAAAAAAUGUGUCCAAAGGAAAAAUUCCUGUUACUACUUUGAAUGCCCAUGGCUGUAUAACUCUGUUGGCACCUGUUAUAAAGGAAAAGGCAAGUGUUGCCAAAAACGCUAUUAG